GGUUAGUUAAUUGGUAAACAAACACAAACUUGUUUUUUUCGUCCCACGUGUUGAGUUUGUUUCUCUGUUUCUCUGUUCUGACAAUUCACUAAUAAUCAGAAUGCUUUGUGUUUUAUGUACUUAAGAUAAUGGUUGGUUCAACAGAAAUGAAUCUAUCUGAAUUUCGGAAAGUUUUCUCCGAGGAGUUUGGUUUCAUCUCGGAAGCUUUCUCGCGCUGUCAAUGGCCAAAACCUGUGGAAUCAGAUGGAGAAGAAGAAGAAGAAGAUGAUGACAAUGACAGUGACAAUGAAGCAGGGAAUGUCUCCUCGGAUGAAGAUGAGAAAGAGAUCAUCGCCACUGAUUCUGAGUCGCAGGAAGAGCCAACAAAUGUAAAAAAUUUUAAAGGCACUAAAAAUCGAGCUGGUACAAUCCAAGAAUUGUUACAGAAGCACAAUGAAAUUCGUUCCAAUGAUAAAAAAGAGAGUCGUAAGCGAAAACAUGAAGAACCAAAAAAGAAACAUAAGCAAAAAAAGAAGAGAAAGAAGGCUGCAGAAAAUGUUGCAAGUACAGGAAAGUCUCCUGCUGAAGGUGGAACUCCGAAGAAGACAAAUUCAACAAAAGGAGAAACAAAAAGUGCAGAUGGCAAUCAGGAUCCAAAGCAAGAAACGGUAAACAAUAAACCCCAGAAGCAAACUCGUGCUCCAAUCAAACAUGGUGCUGAUGUGGUAGUGAAUGAAGAAGGCAGUAUGCUUUUCAGUAAAUUAGCUUUCAGCGACUCUGUUGGGGAACUGAAACCACAGCUUGGAGGUCCGAAGCAACCGAAGCACAUUUUAGGCAAACUAGAAAAAGUAAAUAAACUGAUCUCAAGUUUAGAAGAAAGAGGAAAGAAAGACAAGGCUCAACGACUCAAAGAAAAUAUGUCUUGGUCAAAUGCUUUUUACAAAGCAGAAGGUGCAAAAGUAAAAGACAGCACCGCCAAAGUUCAGAAGAGCGUCAAGCAGUUAGCGAAACGAAAGCGGGCAAGUGAAAGGAAGUGGAAAAAGCGGCUUGAUGAAAUAAAAACAAAGAAGGAGACCAAGGAUAAGAAGCGAGAACAACACAUCCAAAAACGAGUAGAUCAGAAGAAAGAACGGAAGCUUAAAAAAUUAAUCAGAAGAGGGCGUUUCAUCCCGGAGUUGAAGACAAAGCCCUCUUAAAAACGUUUAAUUUUCCUAGAUUGAUUACGUUCUUUAAAAUUUAAGAUAUUGGUUCUUAGUCAACGUUUCCAAAUAAAGUCAGAGAUUGAAAGUAAUUUAUCAUGUCUAAAAAAGAUGCCAACACAAUUCCUUAAAAGUUGGACUCUUUAACUGAGAUGAAGUAUUUUGAACUGAUCAAUAAAAAGUAAGUUUUAGUUUAUUUUUUCGAUUAAGUCCUGGCUUUAACUUCAAGGAUCGAACUUAGAACUGUUCUGCUGUAAAAUUACAUUACGAGCUUCUGAAAAGUUUGCCUAAAAUCUUACCGUAGGAGGUUUAACUUGCAUACCUUCUUCACAUGAGUAACCAACCCACUAAAAUCACAUGAUGUGCAUUAUGCUCUAAUAUUUCUCAUUUUUUGGUUCUUAAGUGGACGAUCCACUAAUACCUACCCAGCACUAUUCUACCAUCCUGGUACUAAUACCUGAACCAUCAUCUUUGGUCACUAAUACAUUAGUUCUACCUAAUUUUUGAAAAGAACUGUCAUUUUAUUCCUCAGUUAUAAUUCAUUCGAAAUUUUACUAUUCUGAAUAAAAUUUUUAUCCAGAAUA